CCCCUGCCUGCAAACUCUAGAAACAUGCUGGAGGGAGCAGGAAGCAGGCUGUGCUCCCUGUGCAGGGCUUUACUGCUCCCCCAUCAGAAACAAGGGGGAGAUGUCAUGCAGGCUGCAGAAUGGUUCCUUCUCCACAGCACAGUGCAAAUAGUUACAAAGUUCAAAAAAGAGGCAACAUGGCAAAAGAUGCUUCAAUCAACAUGCACAAUAAUGCAACAGACACUACUUUAAAUAAAACACAUGAAGACAAUUUCAAGAAAGCAACAACAAAAAUGAAAUCAAAAGAAAAAUCGAAAGCUAUUGGACCUAUCCAAAUUUUUCGGUAUGCAGAUGGGCUGGAUGUUUUCUUAAUGAUUGUUGGCUUCCUUGGGGCACUUGCGAAUGGUGUGGCCCAACCACUAAUGAACCUUGUGUUUGGUGAAAUGACUGACAGCAUUUUGUGCCACAACUCCUCGCAACAAAAUUCAUCUGAAUGUGCACACUUCAAACCACUGGAAGAACAGAUGACGGUGUUUGCGUUGUACUAUGUUGGCAUAGGAUUUGGUGCCUUAGUUUGUGGAUAUAUUCAAGUUUCCUUUUGGGUUCUGGCUGCAGCGAGACAAACCAGAAAAAUGAGAAAACAUUUUUUUCACUCUGUAUUGUCUCAAGAAAUAAGUUGGUUCGAUGUCACUAAAUCUGGAGAACUGAACACCCGCCUGACCGAGGACAUCAAUAAAAUAAAUGAUGGACUAGGAGACAAAGUUGGCCAUCUUUUGCAAAACGUUUCCACUUUUUUUGCUGGUCUGAUAAUUGCCUUAGCUAAAGGGUGGCAGCUUGCACUUGUGUAUAUGGCUGUAAGUCCACUAAUUGCUGUGUCAGCCGGAUUAUUUUCUAAGAUGAUGGUUUCGUUGACAAGUAAGGAGCUCUCAGCAUACGCAGAGGCAGGUGCAGUCGCCGAAGAAGUUCUCUCAUCAAUAAGAACUGUUGUGGCAUUUGGAGGAGAAGACAAAGAAUUAAAAAGAUACUCCAGCAAUUUGGGGAAGGCUCAACAAUUUGGCAUAAAGAAAGCAAUUGCCUCCCAGCUGUCAAUUGGUCUUAUGUACUUGAUCAUUUAUGCCUCGUAUGGCCUUGGUUUCUGGUAUGGCACAACCUUAAUUUUGGGUGGUACUGGCUAUACUAUUGGAGAUUCCCUCGUGAUCUUCUUCUCAGUUGUAUUGAGCAGUUAUUGCCUUGGUCAGGCAUCGUCUCAUUUUGGAGCUUUCUCUAUUGCAAGAGGCGCAGCCUAUAAUAUUUUUAACAUUAUUGACAAGAUAUCUAAAAUUGACAGCUUUUCAUCGGAGGGUUAUAAGCCAGAUCACAUUACAGGAAAUGUGGAAUUUAAAAAUGUUCAUUUUUGUUAUCCUUCAAGACCCGAUGUCCAGGUUUUAAAAGGACUAAAUAUAAAGGUUAAAUCAGGGCAGACCGUGGCAUUGGUUGGACAAAGUGGAUGUGGAAAAAGCACAACUGUACAGCUUCUGCAACGACUGUAUGAUCCAUUAGACGGCACAGUUUUUGUUGAUGGUCAUGAUAUCCGAUCCCUGAAUGUCAGACAAGAAUUGUCAAGAGAAUUAAUAGGGGUGGUCAGCCAAGAACCUGUAUUGUUUGGGACGACCAUAAAGAAUAACAUAAAAUUUGGCCGAGAAAAUGUGACUGAUGAGGAAAUUGAAAAGGCUGCUAAAGAAGCCAACGCAUAUGAUUUCAUAAUGUCGCUGCCCGAUAAAUAUGAAACUCUUGUUGGAGAAAGAGGAGCCCAGCUAAGUGGAGGCCAGAAACAAAGGAUAGCUAUUGCUAGAGCUUUAGUCAGGAAUCCAAAAAUUUUGCUGCUGGAUGAAGCCACCUCUGCGUUGGAUAGUGAGAGUGAAUCCAUUGUACAAGCUGCUUUAGAUAAGGCCAGGGAAGGUCGCACCACACUAGUCAUUGCUCAUCGUCUUAGUACAGUGUGGACAGCAGAUGUUAUUGCUGUGUUAGAAAACGGAGCUGUGGCUGAACAAGGAACACAUUCUGAAUUGAUGGAGAAAAAAGGAAUAUAUCAUUCACUUGCUACAGUUCAGUCCAUUAUAACAGAGGAUAAAGAAAAAGACAAUGAGAUAGUCAGAAAACCAUCUCUCUUAAAGAGGUUGAAUUCCAAAUCACCUUCUCAGAAACAUGGGAUGUUUGAAGAAGAAGAGGAGGAAGAGGAGGUCAAUAAUGAUGUGGAAGAGAGAGAACUUCCUAAAGUUUCCUUCUUCAAAAUUAUGAGAUUAAACAAAUCUGAGUGGCCUUACAUUCUUGUUGGGGCCCUGGCGGCAUUAAUUAACGGGGCAGCUCAUCCGACAUUUUGCAUUUUUUUUGCAAAAAUUAUAGCUCUUUUUUCAACUGAUGAUGCUAUGAAAAUCCGUCAUGAAGCUGAUAUAUAUUCUCUAAUUUUUGCUGCUAUUGGCGUAAUGUCUUUUUUUACGUAUUUUUUACAGGGUUUCAUGUUUGGAAGAUCAGGGGAAGUCCUAACAACCAGAUUAAGACAGAUGGCAUUUAAUGCAAUGUUGCGUCAGGAAAUGUCGUGGUUUGAUAAUAAGAAAAAUAGCACAGGAGCUUUAACAACAAGACUUGCUACAGAUGCGUCCCAGAUUCAAACGGCAACAGGUUCUAGACUUGGCCUUAUCGCAGAGAACUUGUCUAGCAUGGGGCUGUCAAUCAUACUCGGUUUUGCAUUUGGAUGGGAAUUGUCGCUGUUGAUUCUUGGUAUUACACCCAUUCUGGUUGUUACUGGUCUACUUGAAACAAGGGCACUGACUGGCUUUGCUAAUCGUGAUAAGAAACAACUUCAACAUGCUGGAAAGAUUGCAACAGAAACAGUUGAUAAUAUUCGAACUGUUGUCUCACUGACCAGAGAAGACAAAUUCGAAGAAAUGUACAAUGAAAGUUUACAAAAACCGUACAGGAAUUCACAACGAAGAGCCCAGAUAUAUGGGAUUUGUUUUGCGUUCAGUCAGUCAUUUAUAUUUUUCACCUAUGCUGUAAGUUUUCGGUUUGGAGCAUAUUUGAUACAAAUUGGAAGGAUGAAUACAGAAGAAUUGUUUCUUGUAUUCACAAUUCUAACAUACGGAGCCAUAGCAGUUGGGCAGACUUUAUCAUUUGCCCCUGACUAUGCAAAGGCCAAAUCUGCCGCUUCUCAUCUAUUUGACUUAUUUAGAAGAGAACCAAUGAUUGAUAGCUACAGUCACCAAGGACAGAAACCAGAUGAAUUCAAAGGUCAUCUAGAAUUUCGUCAAAUAUUCUUUAAUUAUCCAUCUCGACCAGAUGUGCCUGUUCUCCAGGACUUAUCAGUUAAAAUAAAAUGUGGACAAACUGUGGCUUUUGUUGGUAGCAGUGGAUGUGGGAAAAGUACAUCUAUUCAACUUCUACAAAGGUUCUAUGACCCACACCAAGGACAACUGCUGUUUGAUAAUAUCAGUGCUAAGUGUUUGAAUGUGCAAUGGCUCCGUUCACAACUUGGAAUCGUGUCCCAAGAGCCAGUGCUGUUUAAUUAUAGCAUUGCCGAAAACAUUGCUUAUGGAGACAACACCCGCACUGUAUCAAUGGAAGAAAUACAGAAAGCGGCAAAAGCCGCCAAUAUCCAUUCCUUCAUAGAAGGACUCCCUGAGAAAUACAACACACCUGUAGGAGGAAAAGGAACUCAACUCUCAGGAGGCCAGAAACAGAGGAUAGCAAUAGCCAGAGCACUUAUUCGUUCACCCAAAGUUCUACUUCUAGAUGAAGCCACUUCUGCAUUGGACAAUGAAAGUGAGAAGGUUGUACAACAAGCCCUUGACCAGGCGAGAGAAGGAAGAACCUGCAUCAUAAUCGCGCACAGGCUAUCGACUGUGCAGAAUGCAGAUACCAUUGUUGUGAUGAAGAAUGGAAAAAUAAUAGAAUACGGGAAUCACCAGGAGCUUCUAGCAAAUCGUGGAACAUAUUACCACUUAGUAAAUGCACAAACAAUAACUUAACAUCAAAGAAGCAUAUUUAUGAGUAUAUGGUACACAUAAUGAAACAUCUGUUGUAGGCUUCUACACGUGCAACAGACGGUGGCACUGAAAGAUGGUGUAACUACAACCAGAUGUAUAACAAUAUAGACACAGGACUAAGGAUAUGAUCAUGGUUGAUAGAUAUAUGCAAACCAAAGCGUUGAAAUAUGUCUAAUGAGAAGAUUUGCACAUGGCGAGUUCUAGGUUUUAUUGUUGCCAAAGCAAAAUCGCAGCAGAGUUAUUCAUGUACAAAGUUGUUUUGUUUUUUUAACCUUUUUUUUUGUUCAUGACAUGUGAGCAAUGACGAUAACAAGAAAAGCUGCAGUAAUGUGAACACAAGCAAAUUGUUCAUAAAAUGUCUCUCUCUUUCUAAGAAUGAUAUACAUAUCACAUGUAGUUAUAAAGAAUAUAAAAAGCUAGACUAUAAAACCAUUACCAUUCCAUCCUUGGUAUGUGCGGAUACUUAGAUUUAGUUUAUAUAUUGUCUUUGUUAUUUAUUUUUGUUUUAAUAAAAAUAUUGAGGCUUGGAGUAACACUGUCUCUACAAUAUGGAGCUACCUCUUUUAAUCUAAAUUAUACGUUAUAAGAUAGGUGAUGCAUGGUAUUACUAUAAAAGGGAAAACUAUAGAUUGUAUUUGUAAACAGAAUAUGCUGCACUUAUCGGGAACUACUUGAAGUAAGUUAUAGACAUGAAAGGUGCUGCUGCGGACUCUUAAAAUGUUCUAAUAAAUAAAUAUUUUCACGGAAACCUACGAUUGCAUUGAUCGUACUAUCUUGCUUUCAGAUCAUUUAAAGGAAUUUUUAUUAGAAUGUAAGCCUACUUUCAAACAAUUGCUUUAUAGUGAAGCCCCGGUACCAACAUCAGAUGUGUAAUUAUAAAGAUUAAAGGGACACUAUAGGCACCCAGACCACUUCAGCUCAUUAAAGUGAAAUGGGUGCAAUGCCCCUGUCACCUUAACCAUGCAGUGUUAAUUAUUGCAGUUCCCGAGAAACUGCAUUAAUUACAUUGCAUGGUUAAGACACUUCCUGCUUACUAGAUGAUUUUUGUUGCC